GGUGAAGCAGUUACAUUGCUGAAGUAGGUAUCAAUAAGAGUUCGGGGCUAUCUGAAUUCUGCCAGUGAUACUAAUUUUGAAAGGGACGUCGAGAAGUUUUCAAUCUACCUAAUAGUAUUGGGUAUUGAAAAUGCCUUGAAAAUGAAAUAUUGGUGUGAUGUGAACUGGUGAUAACUUCUUGGAUGAGGUGAAGUUACGAGGGUGACGAUGUUGAUUGGAACCGUAUCAUAGAAGUUAUAGGAUCCACAACUGGUGCUGGUACCCCUCAUGAUAAAAUGGGAAAAUCUGAUAAGAUGUAACUGUCAUAUACAGCUGUCAUAGGUUACAUUAUCUACCUGUUUAUUUAGUUAGCAUUGUUUCCGGUUAACUAUCGUGUAAAUAUCAGGUAUUAAUGCAGAUUCUUCAUUCAUUCUUGAACAAUAAGAGAACCAAAUAACAGGUACCUAGUACUUGUAAUUAAGGUCGAGUUCAAUAUGAAGUAUCUUUGGCAUCACGUACUCCUAUUCAGCGGAACCAGCCUCGGGGCAUGGCAAUUCCCCCAGCAGCAUAUGUCCCCGCCCGGCUACAAGCCGUUAACGGGCGUCGAUGACGAUGUGGAUAUCAUCACGGGAAGUCAAUUUAAUGGGUUGACAACAUAUGCGAACCUGCCGUAUCUGAACUGCCUAUCCGAUGACGAGGUUGAAGGGAAGAAGUAUGAUAUUGCAAUAUUGGGCGCGCCGUUCGAUACUGGUGUUACGGCCAGACCUGGGGCUCGUUACGGUCCUAGGGGCAUCAGGGCCGGAAGUCAAAGAAUAGCCGCGGACACUGCAUGGAGCGUAUAUACCGGUAUUUGCAUUCUAAAAGAAUGUCUUACCUGGCCUAUUAACGAUGCCCUAGGCAAAAACCCCUUAAUCUCAUGGGCGACUAUUGUUGACUGCGGCGACGUGCCGCUGCCAUGGCUGGAUAACAACGUUGCUCUGUCGAAAUUAGACAAAGCGCAUAAGGUUGUAUCCGGGAGGAAAGCUUCUAACGAAAGCUACUCUUCUCAUCCCAGGAUAAUAACGCUAGGUGGCGACCAUACUACCACAUUGUCGGCGUUGAGGUCCACAUACCAGCGAUGGGGACAAGUUUCUGUAGUACACUUUGACAGCCACAUAGAUACGUGGGAUCCCGCUGUACUUGGGGGUGGGAUUUCGGACUAUGCGGGUUUGAACCACGGGACAUUUCUCCACAUCGCACACGAAGAGGGGCUCAUCCGCAACACCUCGAUACACGCCGGAAUACGGGGGCCGCUGGCGCGUAGGAAAGGCGACAUGAAGAACGACGUCCGCUGCGGAUUCUCGACCGUCAGGGCUCGCGACGUGGAUAAGAUCGGCACUACGGGCGUAAUUUCGCAGAUCAAAGAACGCGUCGGAGACUCCAAGGUCUACAUCAGCGUGGACAUCGACGUCCUAGACCCUGCUUUUGCGCCAGCUACGGGAACACCUGAACCGGGUGGCUGGUCCUCGAGGGAACUUCUCACCAUUCUUGACGGGCUGAAUGGUCUUGAUAUCAUCGGCGGUGAUGUCGUAGAGGUUGCUCCUAUCUACGAUACUGUUGGCCAGACGACGGCUCUCGCAGCAGCCGAGAUUGCGUUCUCUUUGCUCGAGCUAAUGGUUGAAAAUCCAGUGAAGUCAUGAUUAUACAUCUUAUCAUUAUCUGUCAAACCUGCUGUCGACAUGUUUUUAAUAUGGGAUUGGAUUGAAAGCUGUUGCAGUAUAUCUACAGGAAUGCUCCGAGAGGGAAAAUAAAAUAAUGUAUACUACCGUCUAGCUUAGAGGA